UCCAAUACAAAACCGCUUUAUUCGUAGGUUCAAAUCAAUGAAAACGACAACUUGGUGAUCGCCCGAAUACUGGAAGGAGGAAUGAUCGAAAAACAGGGACUGUUGCACAUUGGGGACGUUAUUUUGGAGGUGAACGGCAAUCAGGUGAGGACGCCUGAAGACCUGCAGGUGGAGGUGGCAAAGAGCAAAGAUUCGGUCACUCUUAAAGUGGGCAACGUGCAGAGCAGCGAAACCCACGAGUCGAUUGUGAUGAAUGGAGUAAACGGAGUCACCAAAAAACUCACUUGUUACAUGAGAACGUUAUAUGAGUAUAACCCAGAAGAGGACAGUUUACUCCCAUGCAAGGAGAUCGGGCUUCGCUUUGAUCGAGGAGACAUUUUGCAGAUAGUGGAUCAAAGAGACCCCAACUGGUGGCAGGCGAAAAAAGUCGGAGGAGACAACAAAACCGGAUUAAUUCCCUCGCUGGAGCUGGAAGAGCGACGCAAAGCUUAUGUGGCUCCAGAAAACGACUUUGUACAUAAAAUUAGCAUAUGCGGCGCAAGGAUUUCGAGGAAAAAGAAAAAAAUCAACUACCAGUCCAAGAGCAAUUGCGACUUCGAUAAGGCUGAACUUCUGCUGUAUGAAGAAGUCACCAGGAUGCCGCCAUUCAAGAGGAAAACGCUGGUUUUGAUCGGAACUCAAGGCGUCGGCAGACGCACUUUGAAAAACAGACUGAUUAAUAGUGAUCCCGAAAAGUUUGCUGGAGUUAUCCCGUUUACAACAAGGCCUCAAAGAGUUCUAGAAGAAAAUGGCCAAACCUACUGGUUCACCGACAGGGAAACCAUGCAGGAAGAGAUUAGGAACAACAAGUUUCUUGAAUAUGGAGAAUAUAAUGGACACCUGUAUGGAACCCACCUGGAUACCAUUCGGGACGUUAUCAAGCAAGGAAAAAUGUGCAUUCUAGACUGCAGCCCGAUGUCCCUAAAAAUUCUUCAUAACAGUUCGGAAUUUCUCCCAUAUGUAAUUUUCAUCGCAGCCCCUGGCAUGGAGCAAUUGAAGAGUUUGUACGAUAUUUCCAAAAGUAACUCGAAUUUGAGAUAUUCUAGUCGGAAUCUAACGUUUGACCGACAAAGCUCCAUUCGCUACAGCUCCAGAAGAGCGAGGACGCUCGAAUCGCUUGCUUCCUUAUAUGAG